AUGGCAUUCACGUAUAUCCUCAAUUACAUUGACAAGGUUUCCUUAUCAGAGGCCUCUAUCUUCGGAAUCAAAGACGACCUGCACCUUGUAGGCCAGCAAUAUAGUUGGUCGUCCUCCAUAUUCUAUCUUGGAUAUCUAGUCUGGCAGUACCCUAGCUCUCUCCUGAUACAGAAGCUUCCCAUCGGUCGAUACUUUGGUGUCAUGAUUUUUCUCUGGGGCCUGACUGCUACCACGACGGCAUUCACGACAAGUUUCGCUACGCUUUGCGUCAACCGAGUCUUCCUCGGAGUUUUUGAAACAUGCAUGUCGCCGAUCCUCACCAUUCUCAUUUCCCAGUACUGGACCCGUGACGAACAACCGCUUCGCACCUCGUUGUGGUGGUCUGCCAGUGCUGUUGGCGCCUUCAUUGCCGACGCCAUCACCUACGGAGUCUCCGGGAAAGAUCACUCGGGUUCUAAAUACGCAAUCUGGCAGAUCAUUUAUCUGGUCUUCGGACCGUUGACCCUGCUCUGGGGUAUGAUCAUCUUCUUUGGCGUGCCAUCCUCGCCAGUCAGCGCAUGGUUUCUCAACAAGAGGGAGAGGAAGAUUGCCACAGCCAGAGUCAUGGAGAACCACACAAGCAUCAAGAAUACUGAAUACAAGUUUUAUCAGGUCAAGGAAUGCCUGACCGACCCACAACCCUGGAUUCUAGCACUUCACGCCUUUCUCCAAUGCUUGCAGGGAGGAGGCCUGACUUCGUUCUCCAAGAUUGUGUUGACGGAGACUCUUGGCUACACCAGCCGCCAGGCUACUUUGAUGAGCAUGCCCUCCAACACGAUCCACCUUGUUUCUGUGGUCUUUGCGUGCUACGUCAUGAUUGCCACGAACAUCAUCGUCCUGAUUGGCGCGGUCUUGGUGGGAAACCUCCCCGAAUCGAACCAACAGGGACGACUUGCGUCUUUCUACAUCCUCUAUGUCAACACCGUUCCUUUCGGCCUGGGCAUGAGCAUGAUUUCUUCAAAUAUUGCCGGAUUUACCAAGAAGUCGACCGCAAGUGUCAUGAUGUUCCUGGGAUACUGCUUGGGUCAAUUCACCGGGCCUCAGUUCUUCAUCGAGACCGAGGCCCCCCGGUACCACACGGCUUUUAGAGGCUUCUACUCUUCCGUGUCUGCCAUGAUAUUUUUGGAGUUCGUACUGCUGGCUCAAUCGGGGCGACGCGAGAAGAAGCGGAAGGCCUCGGAAGACGCGAACACGUCGCAAGAGCAAAGCCCGCCUCAAUUGAGUCAGCAGACAGACGCGAUGUCUCCAGCAGACGACUCGCGACUGUUGGAGGCAUCCUCGCUUUCACUGCUCGACACGACAACGAUGCCCUGGAUGGACGGCAUAUUUGACUCGUAUCUGGGCCCGCAGUGGGAUCUGACCCCGGACUCGGCUGUGCUAUGGAGCACCACGACGGACCCUAUCACCAUCAACGACUUCCCCGGCCAGACUCCGAGCAUGGAUGCCAAUUCGUCGACUCAAGUCUUCGCCGAAUUCAACAUGCCGGCCUCGGAUCAGCAAGGCCUGCCCUCUAGCUCCCCUUCUGCCGUUUCCGAUCACGUACUUGCACAGCACUAUACCCAGAACCUGACAACGAAAUACACCUCAAAGGAGCAAGGCUGGAACCAUCACACCUACUUCUUCAACCGCUUCAACUCCAGUCAUCCGUUCGUGAUAUCAUCUCUUUAUGCGUGGACCGCUGCCCAUCUAUUUUGCAACGGGACUGUAGAUUCAGAGGCCAACGCCAUGGAGCACUACGAGAAGAGCCUUGCUGGUCUUGGAGACCAGCUAGGGGUUGAUCUGCUGUCUGCCAACGCAACCGACGACGCCAGUCAGAACUGGUUCGCGCUUCUAGCUCAAGGUGAUGAUAUGGACGCCGUCUCCGUGACGCUCUACUUCCUGGCCUGGACAGAUCUCAUCCUUUCACGACGUGUAGCUCUGAGGCGGAUGCUGAACCUUGAAGCUUUGCUUCUGGAGCGCCGGGGCCAUGACCAAUCACAUUCUGUAUACGUCAGAAUGGCAGUGUGGUUUUGCUUUCUCGACGCACGUGCGAUCCUCUUUUGCCGGGGGAAUGACCGCAUUAUCCAGUCGAUGGGGGACGAUUCGGGGCUGGUGAGGGCUGUAGAGAAAUCUCACGACUUUCUACAAAAGGAAUACAAGCUGUUGUAUCCCAAAAAAGAACGGCGGUGGGACGAGGCACACCUGCCCUUAAGCGGAAGCACAUCGGAUGAUGGCUGUGAAGCGGAUGUCAGGGCGUCCUUGGACAACAUCAAACAGGACCUCGAUACAAUCAGUGAGGCGAAAGCUGCCGAGAACAAGGUCCUGUCCAUAUACCUCACUACCAGUGCCCUCUUCCAUACCGUAGAGAUUUACGCGUCACGAAUUUACCGACCCCACGAACAGAUGUACGCAGAGAGUUACCACGCAGAAAGCAUCAUCAACAUCACCCGCCGCUUCUACCAGAAGCUGAAGCGCCCGAGAACGGAAGCUCCGCCGACCAAGAUAUGGCCGGUGCCACUCAUCAUGGCGGCGAUUGAGGCCAAAGACCCCAUCUACAGGGACUGGACGCUCCAGCAGAUCCGUGACUACAGCCGUACGGGCAAGCACUUUGCCAACGCGUGCGCCUUUGUCGAAAAGCACAUUGUCGUCGGGGGUACACCGUACGAAAGAGGCUUGGCCCAUGGUACUCAGGUUGCCGAGAAAGUUCGGGCCAAUAUCGAAUAUUACAAGCUUCCAGGGAAACUACCAGAUUGGUCCAUUUCGUCCAGAAUAAUCGACACCGUCUACCUUCCAGCGUUCGAGACACUCUACCCGACCGGACUGGAAGAAAUCAGGGGAAUUGCAGAUGGCGCCGGCGUGACGGUUGAGGAGGUCAUCAUGCUCAAUGCUAGAUACGACUUGGGCAGAUGCAUGUACCGACUCAAGGACGGCGGAAAGACUCCGCAGGAACUCAACGGCCACGACGAAUGCACCAGCGGCUUCUUUGCUCCCGACGCAGUUGCAUCUGGUAGCGCCCUUGCCGUGCACAACUGGGACAUGUCCAGCCAUCUUUACAACCAGGACCUCAUCAUCUACCUUGAGGUGCACCCAGACCCGUCCGAAGAUCGUCCUUCAAUGUUUAUCCUCACCGAAGCUGGCCAGCUGAUCCGCAGCGGAAUGAACUCGGCCGGCAUGUCAGUUACGGCGAAUUCGUUGCUGUCAAGUGAGGACUACGUGCCCGUCUCCCACAUCGACCAGGACGGGGUCUACCACGAGGUCAAGAACCCCAAGCCUGUUCUACCGCUCUCCGUGGCUCGACGCGUCUUUCUUGAAUACAGCAACUAUGCCGAGGGCCUGAUCGCAAUUAAUGCCUUCCCCCGCCAUGUCUCGGGAAACCUGCACGUCUCAACAGCGGACGGAUUCGCCUUGGCCAUGGAAGUCGCGCCAGGCCGUAUCUACAAGUUCUACGGAGAUAUUGACGACCGGUAUCUCAUCCACAGCAACCACUUCCUCAGCCCCGAGUUCCUCAGCCGCGACGAUGUCUUUGACCGCUAUCCCGGCGGGAGCAGUUGGUUCAGAGCCCGCCAGGCCGAGAAGGGUGUGCGAGCGGACUGCGCGGCAGGGAAAUUGACGCCCGAACUGAUCAAGACGGCCUUCUCCGAUCAUCUGGCCUACCCGGAGAGUCUGUGCAACCAUCCCAACCUGAACCAGAAGAACACGCCGAGUGCGGUUCUCACUGGAUAUACAUCCAAGCAGAAUAUGACGGUGGCUUUUGUCAUCUACGACUUACCGAAGCGAACAGUGACGGUGUGCAAGGGGCCUCCUUGCCAGGGAGUACUGCAGGAGUUUACGUUGGAACAGAAGGUACCGCUCAAGGCAUGA